UGAGAAACAAGGACAGAUAGCCUAGGUAUUUCACAAGAUGCAGCUUCUGUUAUGCCCCGACUGACUGUGGGUGGCAGUAGCGAGCAGCACGGUAGUUUGCUUGAUCGUGAAGUCUGAGCCGACGAAGCAAAGUCAAGUAGCAAAGAUGGCGGUAUCGGUGUUUCCCUGUGUGCGGUUGCGGUCCAUCGGGGACGCGAACGGAGAGAUCCAGCGACACUCCGAGCAACAGCCCCUGAGGUUGGAGGUUAAAAGCACCCCAGACACGGCUCUCCUAAAUCUCUCCAAUAGCGAUGAGACAUCAGUCUUCAAGUGUUCGUUGUCCAGGGAAACAGAAUGCAGUCGUGUGGGGAAACAGUCAUUCAUCAUCACACUGGGCUGCAACAGUGUCCUGCUACAGUUCUCCACACCUGCAGAGUUUACUUCCUUCUAUAACAUUCUGAAGAGUUGCCGGGGCCACAAUGCAGAACACUCCGUCUUCAGUGACAGGACAGAAGAGUCCUCUGCCGUGCAAUACUUUCAGUUCUAUGGCUAUCUCUCUCAGCAGCAGAACAUGAUGCAGGACUAUGUUCGGACCGGAACCUACCAACGUGCCAUCCUUCAGAACCACGGUGACUUUAAGGACAAGGUGGUGUUAGAUGUGGGCUGUGGUUCAGGUAUUCUGUCGUUCUUUGCGGCGCAGGCCGGAGCCAGGAAGGUCUACGCUGUGGAGGCUAGCACCAUGGCCCAGCACGCAGAGGUGCUGGUAAACUCCAACGGAAUGGGGGAUCGUGUGGUGGUGAUAGCAGGGAAGGUGGAGGAGAUCUCUCUACCAGAGCAGGUGGACAUCAUCAUCUCUGAACCCAUGGGAUACAUGCUCUUCAACGAGAGAAUGCUGGAGAGUUACCUACACGCCAAGAAGUUCCUCAAACCCAACGGUAACAUGUUCCCCACUCUAGGUGACGUCCACCUGGCUCCCUUCACAGAUGAGCAGUUAUACAUGGAACAGUUCACCAAGGCCAACUUCUGGUAUCAGCCAUCGUUCCAUGGUGUUGAUCUGUCAUCGCUGAGAGAAGCUGCAGUAGACGAGUAUUUCAGACAGCCCAUUGUGGACACCUUUGAUAUCCGUAUCCUCAUGUCCAAGUCUGUCAAAUACACUGUCAACUUCCUGGACGCGAAAGAGGGGGAUCUGCACAGGAUGGAGAUUCCCUUUAAGUUCCACAUGAUGACGUCAGGUCUGGUCCAUGGUCUGGCCUUCUGGUUUGACGUGGCUUUCAUCGGCUCAGCGGUAACAGUGUGGCUCUCCACCUCUCCUACGGAGCCUCUGACCCACUGGUACCAGGUCCGCUGUCUGCUCCAGUCCCCUCUCUUCACCAAGGCAGGAGACACCCUGUCUGGCACUGCAACACUCAUCGCUAACAAGAGACAGAGCUAUGACAUCAGUAUGGUGGCCCAGGUGGACCAGACCGGAAGCAAGUCUAGCAACCUGCUGGAUCUCAAGAACCCCUUCUUCAGGUACACAGGCAGCACGUCAGCCCCGCCCCCAGGCUCUCACUACUCCUCCCCCUCAGAGAACAUGUGGAGCAAUGGAGGAGUCUACAACAUGAACCAGGGAGGGAUGCCUGCCGUGUAUGACCUCAGUACGGUCAUCGGUGGCGGGGGCUCCACCGUGUCUCACAACAAUCUCAUCCCUCUUGGAGUGACAACUGGACAAUCGGGGCCCGGCAACAGUCCUCAAUACCCAAUCAACAACAGCCAGUUCACCAUGGGCGGGCCUUCCAUCUCCAUGUCGUCUCCCAUGGCGAUGCCUAGCAACACUAUGCACUACGGGAGCUAAGACCUGCCAACCGUCCGUAGCUCCCCCACCCCCCUCUUCUCUCCCUCCCUCCCUCCUCCCUCCCACACCCCCCCUCCUGGAAGGAAACCAAACUGGACUGAUAAUAUGGACGUGCCUCUCCUCCGUUCUCUGGUUCCUGAUGUCUCCGGCCCAGUCCAGAAACAACUACACACUGAAAGGGUUGGAUAGGUUUAGGGCUGUCAAAUGUCCAGGUUCUCCAUUCUGGUUGGAGGAUUUCUGAUGUCCUACUUGUUCUGUCUGGACUGCAACCGUUGAUGGUCUAAGUAAUGUUGCCUCAACACAUCCCCUUGAUCUCAACACAUCCCCUUGAUCUCAACACAUCCCCUUGAUCUCAACACAUCCCCUUGAUCUCAACACAUCCCCUUGAUCUCAACACAUCCCCUUGAUCUCAACACAUUCUGAGGCAGAGUGAAAGGUGUGUGCUUGUAACCAUUCUGUUUUAUGUAUUCACAACCCACAUAGAAACAUUUAGGAUCUUAUGUACUUACUGUGGCUAUGGGGGUUUAGAAACGUACACACACAGUUGUAUUAUACACACACACACAGUUGUAUUAUACACACACACACAGUUGUAUUAUAUACACACACAGUUGUAUUAUACAUAUACACACACACACACAGUUGUAUUAUACAUACACACACACACACACACAGUUUUAUUAUACAUACACACACACACACACACACAGUUGUAUUAUACACACAGACAGUUGUAUUAUACACACAGACAGUUGUAUUAUACACACAGAGCCUCCUGCAGGACAGAAAGGACUUUGAGCUUCUGUGAAGUUUUAUCAGUCACUCCCAUCUUCCCCAGCCCGUCGCUUGUGACCCAACGUCCCGAUCAAUAAAUUCCUGAAUCCUAACCUUUCACCCAAGGUUACCUUAUUCAACCGACCAAUCAAAGCAAACAGUCUGAGUGUCUGACCAAACCGGCAGCUGCGAGGGAGAGAGGGUGAUCCAGGUUUUAGCCAAUCGGGACAGGAGAUUGUCUCUGUAGGGCGGGGUUUGUAGCCGCUGUAGACUAGCCAGGGGUUCUGUUCUGUAGGGUGGGGUCUGUAGACUAGCCAGGGGUUUUAUUCUGUAGGGUGCGGUCUGUAGACUAGCCAGUGGUUCUGUAGGGUGGGGUCUGUAGCCGCUGUAGACUAGCCAGGGGGUCUGUUCUGUAGGGUGGGGUCUGUAGCUGCUGUAGACUAGCCAGGGGGUCUGUUCUGUAGGGUGGGGUCUGUAGCCGCUGUAGACUAGCCAGGGGGUCUGUAGCCGCUGUAGACUAGCCAGGGAUUCUGAUCUGUAGGGUGGGGUCUGUAGACUAGCUAGGGGCUUUGUUAUGUAGUGUGGGGUCUGUAGACUAGCCAGGGGUUCUGUAGGGUGGGGUCUGUAGACUAGCCAGGGGUUCUGUAGGGUGGGGUCUGUAGACUAGCCAGGAGUUCUGUAGGGUGGGGUCUGUAGACUAGCCAGGGGUUCUGUAGGGUGGGGUCUGUAGUCUAGCCAGGGGAGUCCUGGCACCUUACUGAAUAUGUCCCCUGUUGUUUAGGGUGUAAUGUUUUCGCUGUUUAACAAGUGUUUAUCGGGACCUGUGAGAGACGUCAUGCAACCUCCUAGGAAAUCCCAAAUGGCUCCAUAUUCCCCAGUGGACUCCUUUGAUUAAGGUCCCUUGGGGCUCUGGUCUACAGAUGUAUGCUAUAUAGGGCGCCAUUUGGGACACUGACAGUCUCCUUGCAGACACAUCAUGUAGAGUGUUGGUCCCAUGUUUCAUCAGCUGAAAUAAAAGAUCCCAGCCAUUUUCCAUACGCACAAACAUUA